GGAAAAAAUAACACCUCAACGGCUACUGAACACUGAUCUCUGAAUCGCACUCUGCUGCUGCCACUCUGAAGGUUCUCUCGCCGCCGGUGAUGUGUUGCUGGGUGGAUGGGAAUGAUGCUCGCCGGUAAAACCAUUUUGGCGCGAAUCUCAGGGAAAUUCCGACCCGUCCUAACACGAUCCUUUUGCAGCGGCAACAAGCCGCCCGCCAACAACAACAACAAAGAAGUAUUAGACCCUUCUUCUUCUUCUUCUACUUCUUCUUCUUCGUUGACUCGAUAUGAUGCGUACAAGGAGCUGGAAAACCUUAAUUUCAUGUCGGCCGCUAAAAUCCUCUUCACAGAGCCUUCCAAGAAGAAGAAAUUCGGGCUGGAUUUCCAUCUGGUACAACUCUUCUUUGCCUGCCUGCCUUCACUGGCUGUAUAUUUGGUGGCUCAAUAUGCUCGCUAUGAGAUCAGAAGAAUGGAAGCGGAAGUGGAAUUGAAAAAGCAAGCCGAAGAAGAAGCAAAAGCGAAAGAAAUGGAAGAAAUGGCAGAGGUAGAAAAAGAAGAAGCAUCUGAACCACAGCUCUUGGAGUUGAAAGCGAGAUUGGAUAAGUUGGAGGAGGCAGUAAAGGAAAUAGUGGUUGAAUCAAGAAAAGAGUCACCUGAUGCAAUUGGAAAAGGCCCAAAGAUUGGUGGUCAGGAUAAACAGCCAAUAUCUGGAGAAAGCAACACAAGUAAGAGCCCACAAGCAGGCAAUUCUGAUGCCAAAGAUUAUCCAAACACGAAGACUUCUUGGGAAAGAACAGGAAAGACUGAUGCCCCAUCAUCAUAGCCUGAGCAGCAGCACAACCUAAAUGGAAGAUUCUCUCGUCAUCCAUAAAGCUGACUGGUCCCCUACUUAUGUUUUAUUGAAUUAUAGGAUGCUUACAAUUGGCCAAAAGGAGUCUCUAGAAGAUCAAUAAUCAGUACUGCUUGAAAAUAGUUCAUGAGAUCAGAUAAUUUAUCAAGGUAGCAAGUUACUGAUAAGGUGAGAUAUGCAGGUUUUUUUUUUUUGCACGGUUUAUAUGAUAUGUUAUGGCCUUGAUUCUGUGGUAUUUGUUGCAUGGGAAAUUCAAUUUUUGGUAAGUUGAAACUUCAAAGAAAGAAA